GGUAGUGAACAAUCGAAGCAGCCGACAAGAGGUUUUGGCGGUGGAUUUCCUUACUGUUUCAUACGUAUUCCUUACUCGAGGUUCCGAAGUCACUACCGGUAGUCCUUUAAAGAUCAGUGUUUUGUGCAAUCAAACGAAUUUCGACGAUGAGUGGAAAGAAAGGGAUCGAUUUACUGCGAACCAUCGCCAGCGUCAUGACCAAAACAAACGGCUACGAUCGAUGUCUGCAGCAGCUGGUUAUGGUCAGCGGUGGGGACGGUCGCUGUUUGGCCGAGUUCAAGGUACAGGAAGAGCACCUCAACCGGGCCGGAGGAUUGCACGGUGGGUUCACGGCCACAAUUGUGGACGUGGUGACUACGUAUGCCUUGAUGACGAAGGAAAACGCCGUCCCCGGUGUGUCGGUUGACAUCCACGUGAGCUACCUAAAGGGCGCACGCCAAGGUGACGAGGUUGUCAUCGAUGCAAACACCGUACGGGCGGGCAGGAAUUUAGCUUUUCUCGAAUGUGAAUUGCGGCACAAGAAGGAUAAUUCCAUCAUUGCCAAAGCCUCGCAUACCAAAUAUAUAGGUAGUAGUUAAACGGCAUAUAAUGCUAGAAAUUUUAUCUAGAAAUGUAGGUGUUGGGGAGGCGGUGUAACUUGUUUUAGUCUUCGUUUUACAUUCAAAGGCUCUUUCGGAUAGGGUUGGAAUUGAAAUACAAUCGCAAUAAACAAACUUGCUCGACA